GCCCCGCCCCCGCCGCUAGAUCCGCUGCUGCUGCCGCGGCGGGCGGACCUGCAGGAGGCGGCGGCGGCGGCGGCCGAGGCCGAGGGGAAGAUGGCGGACGGUGUGGACCACAUAGACAUUUACGCGGAUGUGGGCGAAGAGUUCAACCAGGAAGCGGAAUAUGGUGGGCAUGAUCAGAUAGAUUUAUAUGAUGAUGUCAUCUCUCCAUCUGCAAAUAAUGGAGAUGCCCCAGAAGACCGGGAUUACAUGGAUACUCUCCCCCCAACUGUUGGUGAUGAUGUGGGUAAAGGAGCAGCACCUAAUGUUGUCUAUACCUAUACUGGAAAAAGAAUUGCAUUAUAUAUUGGAAAUCUAACAUGGUGGACAACAGAUGAAGACUUAACUGAAGCAGUUCAUUCUUUGGGAGUAAAUGAUAUUUUGGAGAUAAAAUUUUUUGAAAAUCGGGCAAAUGGCCAAUCAAAGGGAUUUGCCCUUGUUGGUGUUGGAUCUGAGGCAUCGUCAAAAAAGUUAAUGGAUCUGUUGCCUAAGAGAGAACUUCAUGGUCAGAAUCCUGUUGUAACUCCCUGCAAUAAGCAGUUCCUGAGUCAAUUUGAAAUGCAGUCCAGGAAAACUACACAAUCAGGACAGAUGUCUGGGGAAGGUAAAGCUGGUCCUCCAGGAGGCAGUUCACGAGCAGCAUUUCCACAAGGUGGUAGAGGACGGGGCCGUUUUCCAGGGGCUGUUCCCGGUGGGGACAGAUUUCCUGGGCCAGCAGGACCAGGAGGGCCACCCCCACCUUUUCCAGGAAAUUUGAUCAAGCAUCUUGUUAAAGGAACUCGGCCUUUGUUCCUGGAAACUAGGAUUCCAUGGCAUAUGGGGCACAGCAUAGAGGAAAUACCCAUUUUUGGCCUAAAAGCUGGACAGACUCCACCACGUCCGCCCUUAGGUCCUCCAGGCCCACCUGGCCCACCAGGUCCUCCACCUCCUGGUCAGGUUCUGCCUCCUCCUCUAGCUGGGCCUCCUAAUCGAGGAGAUCGCCCUCCACCACCAGUUCUUUUUCCUGGACAACCUUUUGGUCAGCCUCCAUUGGGUCCACUUCCUCCUGGGCCUCCACCUCCAGUUCCAGGUUAUGGCCCCCCUCCUGGGCCACCACCUCCACAACAGGGACCACCUCCACCUCCAGGCCCCUUUCCACCUCGCCCACCUGGUCCACUUGGGCCACCCCUUACACUUGCUCCUCCUCCGCAUCUUCCGGGACCACCUCCAGGUGCCCCGCCGCCAGCUCCACAUGUGAAUCCGGCUUUCUUUCCUCCACCAACUAACAGCGGCAUGCCUACAUCAGAUAGUCGAGGUCCACCACCAACAGACCCAUAUGGCCGACCUCCACCAUAUGAUAGGGGUGACUAUGGCCCUCCUGGAAGGGAAAUGGAUACUGCAAGAACACCAUUGAGUGAAGCUGAGUUUGAAGAAAUCAUGAAUAGAAAUAGGGCAAUCUCAAGCAGUGCUAUUUCAAGAGCUGUGUCUGAUGCCAGUGCUGGUGAUUAUGGGAGUGCUAUUGAGACAUUGGUAACUGCAAUUUCUUUAAUUAAACAAUCCAAAGUAUCUGCUGAUGAUCGUUGCAAAGUUCUUAUUAGCUCUUUGCAAGAUUGCCUUCAUGGAAUUGAAUCCAAGUCAUAUGGUUCUGGAUCAAGAAGACGUGAACGAUCAAGAGAGAGGGACCAUAGUAGAUCACGAGAAAAGAGUCGGCGUCAUAAAUCCCGUAGUAGAGAUCGCCAUGACGAUUAUUAUAGAGAGAGAAGCAGAGAACGAGAGAGACACCGGGAUCGUGACCGAGACCGUGACCGAGAACGUGACCGAGAGCGAGAGUAUCGUCAUCGUUAGAAGCUGAAGGAAGAGGAACACCUUCCAAGACAAAACAGUCUUCAUGGGGGAAAAAUGACGCUUGUCCAGCAGUUUGCUUCUUGUGAUUGAACUGAACCUGUAAGGAUUCAUGGAUAAACUGAACAGGAAUAGAUCUGAAUAAAGCAAAUCUGCAUAAAUGGUAACCAGUAGCUCUACUUUUAUUUUUUAUGUUGCUUAACUGUUUUAUUUGAAGGAAACCUGUGUGAUUUAAAAAGUUAAUAGCUUUUGCAACUUUAUUACUGGUUAUAUACAUUUGGCCAUUAUAAUGUGCAAGCAAUUGGAAAAAAAAAAGUCAAGUAUAUGCUUGUUUUUAUAGUAGUUUGUUCUUGUUAAAAAUGUUCAUAUGAUAAUGUCUGUAAACAGCACCACUUUGAUUACAAUAGAUGUAGUGUUGUAAUAAACUGUUUAAUGGGGCUGAUGUGUAAAGCUGUUCAAGUUAUUUGAUGUUUACACCUCAGGGAAAGUCUUGUGUUCAGCAAUAUCUAAAGAUAAUGUUACUAUGACAACAUUUUUACUGUCCUUUAAAAAAAGCAUUGCAAUAGCGGUUUUUGGAUAUGCAUCAAUCUGAUCUUGCGUUCAGUGAAUUAAACAUAACUAAUUAAGUGUCUCUUGCCCUUGAUUUUGAUAUUAGAAUAGGUGAUUAAUAUUUCUAUAUUCUGCUUUUCUAGCUGUUUUUACCUAGUUAGCUUGUGACUUUGCUGAAUGGUAUGUAAACUUGUAAAAACUGAAAUUUGACAGACAGCAAAUCCCAUCAAUGCAUUAGGGGUCGAAAAAUUUUGAGGUUUUAACAUUUUAGUAAGACUCACAUAUUUGCUACGGUAGUGCUGCUUUAGUUACAACACAGGUGUACUGAAAUACUUAAUUGUGAACUGCUAGCAUUGAAGUGAGAUUUUGAAUUUGAUUUGAUGCUGUAGUGAUUUACUGAUUUUUAUUGAUGGUGCUUAUGGUUUAAGUUUGAAGCCAUAGGCAGUGUAAAUACAGCCAAUGCAGCAGAUAAAUGUAGGGAGAGCCUUGGUUUUAUUUUCCCGUUGGUACCAGUUUCUGAAGGAUGUGAAGUUUAUUAACAUUGGGUUGUAUUCUCCAGUGUAAAGGGAGAUUAUAGGUGUACCUGUCUCCACAGUUCAAGAAAUUCUAUAUAUUUUUGUGCAGCCUGUUGAUUCAACUUGUUGAUUCAUGCUAGAGUAAAUCAAAGGUUUUUUUUUUUUUCCCUCAAAAACCCGCCUUAUACAAAGGCCUACAUGAAAAGCAUCUGGCUCGAGUAUGUUCUUAAUUGUAAAAUUAGCAGAGACAGAUCAUCAACUGGAUAUUUUUAUGGAAAGAUAAUUCUGAAUCACUACUUCAGAAAUUUGAGUUAAAAUUCUUAUAAGCAAGCUAAUUUGUUUUAAAAUAUAUUUUAAAGAUCUGAUAUCUUUGAGAGAUCUUUGGUAGUACAUAUUGGUUUUUAAAAUAUGGCCAAAUUUUAGGACAAUGUUUAAAUGUAUUUAGGUACCAUAGAUAUUACAUAAUGUGCAACCAUAGAAGCCCUCUAGAAAUUUGCAUUGCCUUUCUUCAGUUUUGUCUUGUCUGCUUUUCAAACUGCUCACAAAAUUAGCUGUUUCAAAUUAUUAUUAUUACUGCUAGUUUUAUUUUUAAAAAUUUUGUGAGUGGAAUAUUUGUGUAUGGGAUCAUUGGUGUUUACCAGAACUGUUUGCUCUCAAAAAUGAUUUUUAAAUUAUUUUAUCUUGUUGAAAAUGCAGUUGCCUUUUUAACAUUUGAAAAUUGUAUCAAAAUCUGUUUUCUUGUUUUAUGUGUAGGUGUUGUAAGUUUUUAUCAUUUCUUAAGCUUUUUUAUAUUUUAAUUACAAUGCCCUAAUGUGAAGAAGUUUGGACAUACAUAUAUUACGAGGGAAAUUAGUUUAUAGUAAGAUUAAAAGGUAAGUAAAAUGUCCAUGAGAAUAAAGUUUUCUCUGAACAGUUUAAAAAUGAAAUCACAAAAAUAUAUACUUGAAGUGAAACUGGAACUUUUGUAUUAAAUUAAUCCUUCAUCUACCUUUUCAUUUAUCAGUGGAACCUUUUUAAUUGUUCCUUCUAUAUUACUCUUCUCCCUGCUUGACUGAUUUCAUUACAAGACUUUUGUUGCAGACAAUGUGAGUGUACUAGAUUUGUUUGCUUCUAGUCCAUUGUUUUAAGUGUUGUCAGGAGGAAACAACUUUUUGAUUUGAACAAGUAGUUUUGCAAAGUCUUUCUCCACCUGGUAACAUAUGAGUGUAUAGCAGUAAAGCUAUUUUAUUUGUCAUACCGCUUCUGUUGUUUAUGAAUUGGUGUUAUUUGAAAACUUUUUUAUGUGUAAAAACAAUCCAAAGAGAGAAAUCUUUGCAAAGACACCAAAAAAAAAAAAAAAAAAAAAGUGUCUCAGAGACCCUUUUAUUUUUUCUUAAUUUA